AUGGACGAGCUCGAAUACUUGGACACUUCCGAGUUUGAGCCUGACAUGUUCAACUGGCAGAGAAUGCCGGCGGACCAGGCGCUAACCCAUGUGGCGCUCUGGCAUGAAAGGGAGAGCCUUGGGGGCGGCCCCAUCGAUGUGCUCCUGACUUUCCAAAAGAGAUGGAAUCUGAGCAGCCUCUUUGACGGUAUGCUCCGUGAGCUUAGCCACAAAGAUCUGCGCUAUGUGGUGGAGCAUUAUGAUGGCAGCCAGCAGCUGGAGCAACUCAUUGAUCAGGCGCAGCAAAGUCUGCCCCUGCGAGGACGUGCAGAAGGUUGCAUGCCAGAUGCCAAUGGUGUGGUCACCAUGAGCCGCUUCCACCGCUUGGAGUUGAUCGAUCCCGUCGCCGAUGCGGCGGUACCUUCGGAGUGA